CACAAAAGAAGGUGACCGAAGCAUGGCCAGCAGAUAAUGACUCUCUUGUUUUCUGCUCCUUCCAUUUCACAUCAAAUAUAGGGAUUUAGAGACCAGAUCUGGUCAUUUAGGGGUGGGAAGUUAAAGGAGUUCAGCUCUCGGAUUUAGACAAUGAAAGAAUACAUCAUAUAUCAGAGGCUUUAUGGAUUGUUUCUCAUGUCGAGUUUUAUCUUUCUCUCAGUUGUUUCUGAAAAUGUGACAAUUCAAGAAACAAGUGCGACUCUUUCACAACAAACAGAUUUGACAACUCCAGCCCGAAUUACUGGACUAAAACCACAAAAGACUGCACAUUCCUCUACAAUGUUGUCUAAAAGCAUGCCUAUAUUUGCUACUGAUUAUACAAGCAUAUCAUAUUUAAAUACAACAUUUCCACGUCUGGAAGCAACAACUGCACCAAAAAUUUUUACGACAUCCAUGGCUGAGACGGCUACACUUGCAGCAGAUGUUUUAUCUGCUUCAGCAUCUGUCACUCUGCCUAUCCAGAAUACAUCCAUAGACACUACCACCAUUUCCAUGAAAAUAACUGAAUCUCCAUCUUCAGAAAGCACAAGGACAACAAAAAUGGCUGAAGCCAAGGCUACUGAGACCUUUCAUCCAAAUACAGCUACUAAUUUCCUAUCCACAUUUGGAUUUACCAAGAAUUCAAAUGUAUCUAAAACUUCAGCUAUUGAAUCUCAGUCGGCUGUUGUGAAGAUGUCUUUAUUCUCAACUAUUGAGUCAACGUCCAUGUCUACAACAUCUUGGCUCAAACACAAAUCCACAGAUAUUUGGGCACUCCCUGUCUCCACAGCUCGCCAGAAGUUUCUUGCAUCUACAGCUGCUGAAACUGUACCUUGGUCCACAGUGGAAGAGACUUCAGCUACAACUUCUCACAUUGGGACUGCAUCAGCAUUUCCACCUGAGUCUGUGCUUAUCUCCACAGCUGUUCCAGCAGAUUCUGUAUUUCCUAGAAAUCAGACAGCAUCUACAUUGGCAAAAACUGAUGUGGAGGCAGCAUUUACAGUCCAUUCAGUGACUCUCCCAACUAGAUUCAUUGAGACCACUCCUGCCCUAGGAAUAGCUGAAACAGAAUUGACAUCUACAAAUUUUCAGGAUGUCUCCUCACCCCAAGUGGAAGAUGUCAUGUCUACCUCCAUGCCAAAAAACACCUCCUCUAUGGCCCUUUCUUUCAUAACAUCCUUUAUGUUUACUGAAACUCAAAGUGUACAGACCGUUAUUGGUGCUGAAAUGACACACACGGCCUUGACUUCUGGAAUCACACUUGCGCCUAUAGAGGCUGAAACUAUGCUUUUCCCCACAAUCACAGGGCCAGUAUAUACCCAGAAUACACCCACAGCUGGUGAACACAUGCAUACUUUGGUUUCCACUAGAUCGGCUUCCAAAUCCAAGAUAUCUGAGUCAGUUCCCACAUCUAUAACUCAUGAAGCUGCCUAUCUAUUCUCCACCAAUGAGACCACUUGGACUUCCAGGCCAGACCAGACCCUGUUGACAUCUACGAAUACAACCACCAUACUUACAUUUGUGCCUAAUGAAAAUUUCACAUCAGCAUUCCACGGGAGUAAUACAGAACAUUCAUCCACAACUACUAAUAUUAUCACCCCACUGGAAGCAGCCACAGAGAGUGAGGCUACCACUACCACUGAUGCUACUACAGGCAGAUAUACAACAGCUCUACCCAAAUUGACAUCUCCAUGGUUUGCUAAGUUCUCCACAGUUUCUGGAACCACAUCUGUAACCAAUAUGCCUGAGUUUAAACUUACUACUUUACUUUUAAAAACCAUCCCUAUGUCCACAGUAGCUGCAAAUGAACUUCAUUCAACACCAAGGGACACAGUUGUUUCACCAGUAGAUAUAAUAUCUACUCUUGCUGACAUUAAACCAAAUUUUUCUACUGAAGAAAGUGCUUCUGAGACUACACAAACAAAAACAAAUGGUACAAUUGCCUUUGGAGAUACAACAGCCCCUAUACCAAAGUCUACAACAACUCAAAGACUUAAUGCUACUGUGACAAGAAAAGAAACAACUUCUGAUUAUCUUAAGGGAAAAUCCACUAUAGCAGGGGUAACUGAGGUUUCUCCAUUUUCAGCAAUGUUGGAAGUGACAGAUGAUUCAGCACAAAUGGUGACAGCCUCUGUCACUCUUUCCUCUUUUCCUGAUAUAGAAAAAUUGACUACUCCAUUGGAUAAUAAAACUGCAACUACUGAGGUGAGAGGAAGUUGGCUAUUAACAAAAUUGGUGAAAACCACACCUAAGAGUUCAUACAAUAGAAUUACAGAAAUCUUUAAUUCUACCCACACCUAUACAGCACAUUGGACUUCAGAGACAUCUAAAGGGACUUCAACUCCAUCUCCUACUUCCGGGAGCACACGGAUAUUCCCUGAACCCCUGGGUGCUUCCACCACAAGGAUAUUGGAGACCAGUUUCCCCACUACCCUUAAAGACGUGACAACUAUGUCCUUGUCUGCCGGUAUCUUGCCUCCAAAGCCUACAGCUGCUCAUUCCUCAGCAACCCUUAUGCCUGUUACCCAUAUGUUCUCACUGCCAGUUAAUGUCUCUGCUGUGGUGUCUGAGGAGAUUAAGGGGACCAUGUCUGAGCCUUCUACAGUGGCUAGGGCUUUCUCUACAUCUAUGCUCUCAGAUGUUUCAAAUCCAUCAUCAACUACAGUGACCAGAGCAUUGGUGCCACCAUUGGAUCAGACUGCUUCUGCAACCAGCGAUACCAUGCCUACCCACAGAGACUUGAUUCAUACCACUUCACAGGCCACAGUGAUCUCUGUCAGAAUGACACCCACGGCAGUUCCCUCUCUGACAGAAACUCCACUCCCCUCGCUGAAAACCCCCACUCCUGUGACAGCUAAGGCUGAGAUCACUCUUCCCUUCACCUCAGUUGACAAAGUAAUUCCAUCCACACACACUCUUGACUGCUUGAAAUCUCCUCCUAACAACAUUCCUAUUGCAUCCUCCACUCAUGUGAUCUCAACCACAUCUAUACCAGGAACGACUCAACCUGUAUCUCAAGCGGAGAAGACUUCUACCUAUGCUCUCAGCUUUCCGUAUACUUUCAGUGCUGGUGGAGAUGUUGUCGGCUUGGCUACUGACACCACAGAGACCUCUGUUGUUGAUGAGAUCAUAUUCUCACAAACCUCUGCCAAUGAGCUUACUACCUCAAUAGAUGAUCACAUUUCUCAAUCUGCCACAAGUCUUGUAAGCACGCCAGUCUCCAGCCAAUUGGUGACUGGCACUUCUAUCUUAUCUUCUGACAAAGACCAGAUGACCAUUUCCCUGGUGAAAACCCCUAGAACUAUGGAGGUGACAGAAAUAUCCUCAUCAAGGAAUUCUUUUAUUUCACAUUCCCAGGGUACUUCAUCCUUGGAAAUGACAGAUGCAGGAUUUUAUGAGACCACAAAAAUUUCCAGUCACCAAACACAUUCACCUUCAGAGAUUACACUUGGGAUUCCACCUGAUGGGAAUUCAGUUUCAUCUCCCACUUCCAGGAGCACACAGACUACACCUACCUUGACCUCAAGUAACAUAGUAGAUGUUCACAUUUCAGAAAUGUCUACCAGUCGUGGGAAAACAGCUCUUCCUUCACAAGCUCUGACAAUCACCACAUUUUUGCCUCCUGAAAAAGAAAGCAUGAGUGCCCUUUCAGUUUAUACUCCCAGGACUGUGGAAAUGAUAGUAAGCUCCACCUCAGUGACACACCCUGUCGCAUACCACCAAGAUACUUCAUUUGUAGAUACUACAACUUACAGAACAACCAGAAUAUCAAAUCCUGUGAACAUCGCCACAACUCUUUCACACUUACCUUCACUUAGGACACAGCCUGAGGCGACUUCAGUUGCCACUUCCAUUUCUGAAAGCACACAGACUUUCCCUGAGUCCUCAUCUCUCUCCACAAUCGGACUAUAUAACACCAAUUUUACAAUGAUCUCUACUGAUAGGAUCACUCCAGCCCUUUCUGUUCCAAAUGUACCUACGACACUUAUUAGGGAAACCUCUGUGGCAACAUCCAUUCCUAUUUACCAGAUGUCCUCGUUGCCAGUUAAUGUCACUGCCUUCACCUCCAAAAAAGUUUCUGACACACCCACAAUACUAAUAACUAAGCCUUCUAAAACAACACACCCAGAUUGUUUGAAAAGUCCCUCUAUAGCCACUUCUGAGCCUAUGUCUGAGAUGUCCUCCAUGCCAGUUAAUGACUCUGUUUUCUCAUCCACAGCAGUUUCUUCUGACACUUCCACAACAGUUGGGUCAUUCUCUACUCUAUUGUCUUCAAUUAUCCCUAGGACUACUAUGACCAUACAAACAUCUACAUUGGAUAAGACACCUGUUACAUAUGCUGAGUCUACUUCAAAAAGCACAAUGGUUUCCUCUGCUCUCACUACUUCAGAAAUGAUAGAGGUACCUUUGAGGAUCACAGCUACAUCCUCUUCUUCUCCAACAGAGCCAACAUUUCCCUCUGUGAAAACCAUUCCAACCACUAUUAUGGCUGGGACAAUGACUCCAUUUGUAGGCACCACUCCCACCUAUCUACACAGUUCUAAGAACACUGAAGCUAUUUCCUCCAUUCCAAAGACCACAAUUUCACCAUUUUUGUUAACAACCCAACACUCAUCACAAGGAGAUGAGGCUACAACUCUGGGCAUAUUACCUGGGAUUACUAACAGCUCCCUAUCUGCCAUGAGCAGUAGUAGAGUGGCAGCCAUCACAAAUACUUCUUUCAGAACCACUGUCCCCGAAAAUGUGCUUUCGCCUACUCCUUCAGAUAAUCUUCAUACUUCCUUAGAGAUUCAGGUUUCCACAUCUUUGACUGCCUUUAAUAACAGUCCUGGAUCCACAAAAAGUGUAAAAGACACUGCCACUUAUAUUUCUUCUAAUACAGGAGAGACGGCUUCCUUGUCAGAAAAUACUUCCUUAGCAGCUGAAGUAACAAAAAGUGCCAAGUCUGUGAGUACCCCUGUUUCAUACCCUCCAUGGAUCCCAUCCAGUGCAACUCCACCCUCUUUGACAUCAUUUCCAUAUUCACUUCAUAGUACUGAAGCCAAGCUCUCCACUCCAAAGACCUCUGCUCCUCUUACAUCCCAAAUGGUUGAAUUUCCAGUUCUGGAAACAAGAAUCACAUCUAGUAACACCCAGUCUCUGCAUAUGACUUCCUGGAAGACACCCACAGCUGAAGGUUCUCAGUUUCAAAUAUCCACUACUACUCAUGUACCUACACCCAAUGAGAUGGAAACAGAGACUCUACACCUUGUCCCUGGGUCUUUGUCAACAUUCACAGCCUCUCAGACUGGUCUAGUAUCUAGAGAUGUUAUGGCAAUGUCAUCAAUUCCCACCACAGGAAUUCUUCCUACCUAUGGGCUUUCUGAGAACCUUUCAUUAUCAACAUCUUCAGGAGCUAUCCCUACCACUUUGGCUGACAUUAAGCACAUGUUUGAGAAAACAAUCACAUCUGUAUCUCCUGGGGCCACACUCCCAUCAAAGCCUUCUGGUGCCACUUCAGAACCUAUAAUCUUGAAGGCUGCUACUUCACCCAUGAUGACUUGGAUCUUAUCUAGUCUCUCUUCAGGCCCCCCUCUGGCAACUGUAUCUAAUGCUCCUCAUAUCAUAACUUCUUCUACAGUUGAGGUGUCAAAAUCCACAUUUCUGACUCCUGACACAAUGCCAAUGUAUCCAUUCACUAACCUUACAACGCUACCUUUUCCUACUGUAAGCACCAUACUCAUCCAAACCACUCCUGCACCUACAAUAGGUAGUAUCACUACUGGCUUCCCAACUUCUCUCCCUAUGUCUAUAAAAAUCACAGAUGACAGUGUGUACAUUUCCACAUCCCCUGAGGCAGCAUCCAGAACCCCUGUGACUACCAACUCUAGGACUGUGUCUGAACCUCCAUUAUUCAGUGAAAUGAGUAUGUUACCUUCUGCAACUGACCACACCCUAUCUGUUGGUUCCAUGCCUCUGCCUAGCCCUAUAAUAACAUCUGCAUGGAGUAGAAUUCCAGUUACAGAAGCACCUGCUACUUUAAUUUUUCCUAAGCCCACACUGGACUCCCUUCUAAAUAUAAUCACUACCACAUCUGCUGCUCCUGGAGCCUCAUUUCCACUCAUAUCCACCAGAGUGACACAUCCUUCUACAACAACUGUGUCUUCGCUAGUAUCUUCCUCUUUUGAGGCAUCCUGGCUGGACUCCACACCAUCCUUUGUAUCUACGGAAGCAUCAACUUCGCCUAUUGCUGCUAAGUCCACAGUUUCCUUCUACAAUACUGAAAUGAGCUUCUCUGUCUUUGAUGAAGAGCCAAGGAUCCCUAUUACCAGUGUUAUAAAUGAAUUUACAAAAAAUUGGUUGAAUUCUGUAUUUCAGGACAGUGAAUUUUCUAUUACUAAUCUGACCAUCCAAAUUAAAAGCAGAGACAUUUUGGAGGAAGAGAUGGCCAUGGAUCGAGCUAUCUUGGAACAGAGAGAAGGGCAAGGAAUGGCUACAAUUUCCCAUGUACUAUACAGCUGUGUCUGUCAGGUCAUCAUAAAGGCCAACUGUUCCUUAGCACCCGCUGAAUUGAUUAGCAGGAUCAAAAGUAAAAUACUUGGCAACUUCACUCAUGGAAACUUCACGCAAGCUCAAUUGACGUUAUUAGUAAAGUCUGAACAUAUUGCGGUGAAAAAACUAGAUCCAGGAAAGUGCCAAGCCGAUGAAACACCCUCUAAAUACAAAGGGACAUAUAAGUGGCCAUUAACCAACCCUACGGAGACAGCACAAACUAGAUGCAUAAAAAAUGAGGAUGGAACCGCCACAAGAAUCUGUUCAAUCAGCCUCAACACAGGCAAAGCUCAGUGGGAAAAACCAAGGUUCGAACAAUGCAAAUUGCUUCCAGGACUCCCUGACAAGAUUGUGGAUCUUGGUGAUAUUACCAUAAGUGAUGAGAAUGCAGAUGAUGUUGCAGAGCACAUUUUAAAUUUGAUAAAUGAAUCCCCACCACUGGGAGAAGAAGAGACAAAGAUCGUCGUUUCUAAAGUAUCUGAUAUUUCACAAUGUGACGAGAUAAGUAUGAACCUAACUCAGAUUAUAUUGGAAAUAAUCAGUGCUGUUUUGGAAAAGCAAAAUGAGUCAGCCUCUGAUCUGCACGAAGUAAGCAAUGAAAUUCUGAGGACAAUUGAGCGUGCUGGCCACAAGAUGGAGUUUUCCGGAAGGGCAGCAAAUCUGAUGGUGUCUGGGUUGGCUUUGGCUGUGCUGCGGGUGGACCACACAUUUGAAGGCAUGACCUUCAGCAUUUGCUCCUACAGAGAAGGCACAGAUCCUGAGAUACACCUAGGUGAUAUCCCUCUGGGGAGGACUUUGGCUUCCAUAUAUUUGCCUAAAUCACUGACCAAGAGACUUCUUCUGAACAACUUACAGACCAUCUUGUUUAAUUUCUUUGGCAAAACUUCACUCUUUAAGACCAAAAAGUUCACUAAAGCAUUAACCACAUAUGUUGUGAGUGCCAGCGUUUCAGAUAUGUCCAUUCAAAACUUGGCUGACCCUGUGGUCAUCACUCUGCAGCAUAUUGAAGGAAACCAGAAUUAUCAUCAAGUUCAUUGUGCCUUUUGGGAUUUUGAGAAUAAUAAUGGGCUAGGUGGAUGGAAUUCAUCAGGCUGUGAAGUAAAGGAAACAAAUGUAAAUUACACAAUCUGUCAGUGUGACCACCUCACCCAUUUUGGAGUCUUAAUGGAUUUAUCCAGGUCUACAGUGGAUGCAGUGAAUGAACGGGUAUUAGUGCUUAUAACAUACACCGGAUGUGGAAUCUCCUCCAUUUUCCUGGGAAUUGCAAUGGUGACAUACAUAGCUUUUCACAAACUUCGCAAAGAUUAUCCUUCCAAAAUCCUGAUCAAUCUGUGCACAGCACUGCUGAUGCUAAACCUGGUAUUUCUGGUCAAUUCCUGGUUGUCAUCAUUUCAGAAAGUGGAACUUUGCAUCACAGCCGCAGUGGCACUUCAUUACUUCCUGCUCGUUUCUUUGACUUGGAUGGGCCUGGAGGCAGUCCACAUGUAUUUUGCUCUAGUCAAAGUCUUCAACAUAUAUAUUCCAAAUUAUAUCCUUAAAUUUUGUCUAGUUGGUUGGGGAAUCCCAGCGAUCAUGGUGGCAAUUAUAGUCAGUGUGAAAAAAGAUCUGUAUGGACCUCUCAGCCCAACAGAUCCAUUUUGUUGGAUUAAAGAUGAUUCUGUCUUUUACAUCUCAGUGGUGGCUUAUUUUUGCCUCAUAUUUCUCAUGAAUCUCUCCAUGUUCUGCACUGUUCUUGCUCAACUGAAUUCCAUGAAAUCCCAAAGCCAGAAGACUUGGCAGAAGAUGAUCCUGCAUGACCUCAAAGGCACAACAAGUCUCACAUUCCUACUUGGCCUCACCUGGGGGUUUGCCCUUUUUGCCUGGGGACCUGUGAGGAUCUUUUUCUUGUAUCUUUUUGCCAUUUUUAACACUUUGCAAGGAUUCUUCAUUUUUGUGUUUCACUGCAUGAUGAAGAAGAGUGUUCGGGAGCAGUGGCAGAUACACCUCUGUUGUGGGUGGUUGCGAUUUGAUAACUCUUCUGAUGGGAGUAGCUGGUGUGGGAUAAAUAUUGGAUAUAAACAGGAAGGACUGAAGAAAACCUUUGAGCACAAACUGUUGACACCAUCCCUCAAGUCGACUGCAACUAGCUCCACUUUCAAAUCUUUAGGCUCUGCACAAGGCAUUCCUUCAGAAAUAAGCUUCCCAAAUGAUGACUUUGAUGAAGAUCCAUACUGUUUCUCUUCCUUGGGUUGUGAAGUUGGGCCUAAUUAUGAAAGAAGAAUAUUACCUGUGUAAAUAAAAAUGAAUUCCA